GAGGCUUGCUGAGUUUGGAGGUUGCCCGAGAGGUUGUAAGGUGAUGGAAGAUACAGAGCACGUGGUUUCAAAAUGUUAUUUUAUUAAAAGGGUAUUGGAAAUGCUUGCUGAUUGGCAUUUUAUUAUUCCAGCAUUUGAUUCAUUAGUUGGAUGUUACCAGUUACUAAAUAAAUUGGCUAUAUCUAAUUUGUUCAUUGGAAAUCUGCUUUGCUCUGUGGUAUUCUAUUGUUGGAAAAGUAGAAAUAAAAUAGUUCAUGAAGGGACGAAUGACAGUUGUUCUACUAUAGCUUCAAAAUCCAUUAUUCAGACUGUAUCAUCUUUUUAUUCUUGUUUAAUCCAAGAAAAUUGGGAUGCUAAUCAGCUGUUUAAGCUGUCUCAUUCUUCUUGGCAUCCUCCUCCUCCGGGUUGGAUCAAGGUGAAUAUAGAUGCUUCAGUUCUUCCUAAUAACAAAGCCGGCAUUGGAGGAGUUUUCAGGGAUUGUAAAGGCUGUGGUUUAGCUGCUUUCGCAUUUCAAUGUCUUCAUUGGGAUUGCUCGUAA